AUGGGGGGCAAUAUCGGCAAACAGGCCAUGUUAAAAGAUGGAUCUGUACGGACUGUCCAUCCUCCACCUCCUUAUGAACCGAGUGAUGGAAAUUUGAACGAGCAAGAUAAUACCGUCCCUUCUUUGCCCCUCACCAAUAAACAAAUUUCGUCCGGAAGCGUUGGAUCAGAGGUGGCAAAUCAAAUUUUCCAGACCGAUGCAUCUAUAAUGGUCGUCUUAUACGAUUUCACUGCUACACUUGAAUCCCAGCUGACUAUAAAACGCGGUGAGUAUUAA